AUGUCUUCUUACACAUUCAAGUGGCCCAGCGGUCCAAAUGAAGUUAUCGUGACUGGAACAUUUGACAACUGGUCCAAGUCCUAUCCUCUUGUGAAGCAGACCGAUGGCUCUUUUGAGUUAAAUGUGCCUCUCGACAGAAGUCAACAGGUGCUUUACAAGUAUGUUGUUGAUGGUGAGUGGACCGUCAGUGAGCAACAGAAGACCACAGAGGACCCAUCCGGAAUCAAGAACAAUGUGUUGGAGCCAUCAGCCUCGACAGAGUCCAAGAAGGACAAUUCCGGCUCGAAAAUACCUGAGGCUGGCGGUAUCACUGCUGCUUCCGGAGCCGCUGCCGCUGCUGCUGCUUCCUCGAAGUCUGACAGCAAAGACGUCAGUACUACUGUCAUGCCAUCUACUGAGGGCAAGCAGACCACUUUGGGUGAACCAGGAAUUCACAUUCCAAAGGAUAAAGAUGCAUUGGCUGCAUUUGAGACCGUUAGAGACGUCGAUCCAAAGACGUUGAAUGAAAAUAAGGACGAGGAAUUUACAAAGGAAUUGACACCUGAGGAGAGAAAGAAGCAGAAAAAGAAAUUGAAGAAAACCCAGUACAAGCUUCGCAAGAAGCAGCAAAAGAAAGCUGCUGCUGUCGCUGGCGGUGGUGCUGUUGGUGGUGCUGGAGCUUCCGCCACAACUACUGGUGACGACGAGAACGGCUCUUACAACUCCGACGAGGAGAAGUCUCCUGAGCCGGAAACAGAGAAUGAGGCUAGCGUCACUGGGGCAAUUCUUGGUGCAGUAGGCGGCGCUGCUGCUGGCGGUGUUGGCGGUGCCCUUGUUGGUGCGCUUGGUGGUGCUACUGCCGGCCACGCGGUGGAGACCCAUGCCGAUAGCGAGGAUGCAACUGCCAAUAAGGCUGUCAAUGAUGAGGCCCCUCACACCUUGGAUCCUGGUAGAAAAGCUCAACUUGACAUUCCAGGCAGUAUUACCGGAGUCGACAGAACUGCCACGAACGACAGCAACGCUGCUGCCACAAAGACCAAAACUGCUGACACAUCAACAUCUGCUGAAUACGUUGACACUCAAGAAAGCCAACAAGGAGGACCUGUUGGUACAGGUGUUGCUGCCAUUCCUGAAGCCAAGAACGCCGAGGAAGGGCUCGAGAAGCAGAAGGAAAACACUACGGACAUUCCUCUUAAAGGUGACUUGACCAGCUCCGGCGCAGCUGCUGUUCCGGUCACUGCAGUGUACGAGAAUAAGAAGGAGCCUUCCGCUGCAGGGGUGUCAUCUGAGCAGGCUCAACAUAUUAUUGAAGAAAACACAAAGUCAUACCCUGCCAAAGCCGACAACUUUGACACUGCUGCCACCCCUGUCACCGCAGUCGAAAAGUCUCUGGAACCUCAGGUAGAUGAGUCCAAAGACAAGUCUGGCGCAGCAGCAGCAGGCGCGGCAGGUGCGGCAGGCGUUGUUGGUGGAACAGCUGCUGCCCAAGCUGCUACUGCCCCUGCAACACAGUCAGCUGAACCAGGUGUGCAACUGCACUCCAUUCAAAAGGAGAAUGCUCCGGCUGCUGUUGAAUCCUCUCAGCCAAGAGCCGAGGGUGGUGAGGUAGCAGGCGUCUUUGGAAGCGGGCAUGCAGUUGCUCCAGAUGUCGGCCCGAAAGAGGUCAGUGCAAAGGAAGUCGAUGCUGCACCAGUCACUAAGGGAGACGACCACAGAUUCGACGCUGAGGACGAAAUCAUCAUUGCUCAAGGUGGUGAGAAUGUCAAGCAGGUCGAAAAGAGAAUUAUUGAGCAAGAAGGCGAUGUCAGUGUGGAACAAAUUCAACCAUCUCCAUCUGAAGCAAGAAGAUUGGCAGAGGAGGCUCAUCUUCUGAAGCAAGCUCAGCUUGCUGCUGAAAGAGCACAGGAAGUUGCUAGCCCUACUAAUCCGUCUUCUGGUCCUGUGAAGCCAGAGAAGGCGCUGCUGAAGAGUGCACCAAAGUCGCCAAAGAAGGCACAGAAGGAACCUAAUGCUGCCCAGCAGCAAGCCACAAAGACCAAGAAAGGUUUUCUUUCCAAGCUUAAGAACAUCUUCAAGUAA